AUGGAAUUCGAGACUGUCUCACUCGGCCUCCUCGCAAGAACACACCUAAAGAGCAAGCAACCAGUCACAGCAAGGAAAGCAAAGAGAGAAGCUAGUCACAGUUUCACAAGCAAGCCAGGCAGAUCACCUUGUUCAAGGAUUUCAGAGCGAGUACUUCCAACAAAACGUCUGCCUAGACAGAGCUUCCAACCACUUGGACCCGAUGAUACACCUGCAUGCAGGUCAUCCUCUGUGAAUCGGCAAGACAGGGAGAGAAAGACAUGCCGGACUCACAAGAGAAAGACAGCCAAUGCAGUCAGUCAGAGAGAGUUGGGAAUUCUGCUAACUGAAUUCGGAAGACUUGCUAGUCUAAGAGAGAUUGGACUCAUGCUUCCGGGAAUCUCAGUAGUAUACCAGGAAUGCCCUAUUGAGCGUCAUGCCUGA